AAAAAACAUCCUCAAAUACAAGAACACCUAACAAACUAGAUCAAAGAAAAUCAUGAAAACCAUUUCGUGUUUAGCACUCUGUUUCAUCUCUACAGUGAUUUGUGGAAAAUUAGAUAAAACUUAUUUACCACCAAACUCAGCUGGGGGAUCCGGAGGAAAUGAAAAUAUUCUCAACACUCCAAUUAAUCCGGAUGAGUCUAAAUACACCAUAGCUUCACCUUCACCUGUUUAUGGGCCAGCUCACCACGAUGAAAGACAAAGCAACAUCCAAAGAUCCAAUAACCCAGAAGCUCGCGCUAACUUAAUCAAAUUCGACAACAACAAUGAUGGAAGUGGUAAUUACCACUUUGAUUUUGAAACUGAAAAUAGAAUUCGCCACGAAGAACACGGCCAAAUCAAACAAGAUGGUGAAGCUGUGGUUGUUCAAGGAAGUUAUUCUUAUGUUGGAGAUGAUGGAAAAACGUAUACUGUAACGUACAUCGCCGAUGAAAAUGGAUUUCAACCAGCCGGAGAACAUAUCAACGAGGCUAUAACCAAAACGGCUUCCGAUGCGGCGAGAUUGAGUGUUAAUGAUGUUCAUAGCGGAUCUAAUGGAUACGCUAGUAAUAAUUAUGAAGGUGUUAAUGCGAAAAGUGAAAAUGUAAAUGGUGGAUAUCAAUAUUAAAUUCUUUGAUGUAAAUUUUAAAAUGA